AUGGUGAUCCUUACGACGAAGGAGACGGAGACUACGUUUCACACUUGUGAAACCGAUGAUGAUAUCCUUAUAGUAGGGACAAAGGGUGAGUAUCUACAACCUCGUGAUCCUCAGUUAUACCAAAACCAAAAUGGUAGGUUUAAUAAUGGUAACGCAAACCCCCAAGUGUUCCCUUCCAAAUCCCCCACAUGGACUCAACAAAGACCAAGCGUAGGCGCUACUCCUGUGGACGUUUCUCAAGGCCUGCAGUAUAACCGUUACGUUACUCCUCCCACGCCUUUACAAAGCAACUCACAGCAGACGUUUGGUGAUUAUGUACCAACGCUAACAUUAGCUGAUACCAAUAUGUACGGUAGACAACUUAGCCGGACAAGUGUAUCUUUGUCUGGAACUCCUAAUCUUCCGGCGAAGCAGCAACAACAAAGAAGACUGGCUUAUGGACAUUGGACAGUACUACUUCGAGUGAUGCAGUUUGUCCCUUGUCUGGUCAAUUCUACGACAUUCCAAUUCGGUUUCCAAACUUUCUUUGGAUGA